GGAAGGGUUACAGAUAAUUAAUCAUGACGACUGAUUACAAGUUGAUCGCCAAAUUAGGCAAUCUAAAAACAGUUAUACAGUUAUUGAGAGCUGUUAAUUUCAAAGAAAGUGCAACUUGCUACGGUUCUAAAAAUGGCUUGAAAUUAACGGUUGAAGAAGCAAAAUGUAUGCAAGCUAGUGCCUACAUUCCAAUUCAACUUUUUGAAGAAUACACUUUGACAGAGGAUAUCAUUUUUAGAAUUAAUUUAAAUGUAUUUGUUGAAUGUUUGUCUAUGUUUUGGUCUAAUAUAAAUACAACAGGAAGCACUACAUCCUUAGAAAUGCAUUACAAGGGGGUAGGUCAUCCUGUAACUAUACUUAUUGAAGAGGAUGGUGUGGUAGUCGAUUGUUCAUUAAAAACUCAAGAACCAGAUGAAAUUUUAGAUUUUGAUUUAGAUCCAGAAACUGUCAUUAAUAAAGUACUUCUCCACAGUGAAUUGUUAAAAGAUGUUUUAGCAGAACUUGAUCCCACAAGUAAUCAUUUAGAGCUAUUGUUGUCACCAAAGUCACCCUAUUUUAUGAUAAGUACAAAGGGGCUCGCUGGUGAAUGUCAUGUACAAAUGCCUCAUAAUACAGAAAUGAUUGAAACUUUUCAAUGUAAAAAAGAAGCCAAAUCAAAGUACCUGUUACCUCACAUUAAACCUGCCAUGAAAGCCAUGCUUUGUUCUAACAAAGUUUCUUUGAGGACAAAUGAGUCGGGCCUUCUAUGUUUUCAGUAUAUGAUAAAAACAGAUGAUGGAGUAAAUUGUUUUAUUGAAUAUUAUAUUUCGCCUUUAAUCAAUGAUGAUGAUGACUAAUAAUGUA